AUGGAGAGCCCUUCGGCACCGCUCGCGGACUACUUCUGGAUUGCGGGUGUCGCAUCCGUGUCCUACCAUGAUCUCCCACCUCCAGCUUCUGCCACUCAGGUAGAAGCCACCAUUACCGAGGAUCGUGAGCCUGAUGAGGAGGACCUGCCCGACCCGGCCGUUUCUCCGGCUAAUAAGACAAAUGCUCGACACUCCCGUCAAAACUCUAACAACCGACUUUCCAAGAUAUCUACUAGUUCGAUUCAUACCCUCGAGGAAGUAGAUGGGAAUACGAGGAGUAAUAGAAGCAGUGCUACUAUUAGGCCCAUCCCUCUUCCUGCGGCCGCUGGCCAUGAAAAUUUCCUUGGCGAUUUCGACUUCGACAAGGCCCUCGUUAAGUUCGCAGCCGAAAGGGAAAACUUUUUGGAGGAUUUGAGCUUCUCAGCUGGUGCCAAAACGCAGUCGCGGCCACCGAUGGUGAACCCGCGCGCAGAGAGGAUAAAAGCUGAUGAGUCGAGUGGAAGGAUGAGUCCUAUGAAAAGCAUCAGGGGGAGCAUCCGUGGUAGCAUACGACGGAAAAUAAGCUUCAAGGACAUGAAUAGCGUGCGCGCAGCCAACAACCCCGAGACCUGGAGAAUGAGUAGUUAUAACUCCGUCAUCCCUCCACCCGAACCUCUUAACCUCGAUCCGGAUAUGCACCCUCUGAAGCGACGCUUUGAACCCGAGCUCCUAGACCGGUACCCUCCCCGAGAUAAUACGGAAGGUUUAAGCAAGAGGGGGAGAUUUCCAGAUUAUGUACCUAUGUUUGCAUUCCCAAAUGACAUUCAUAUCGUAUCGUCAGAUGACAGGCCGAGAUCGACUUGGCAUGGGUUCACGAUGACAUCGGAUGAUAACUCUAAGAUCUACGGUGUAACCGUUAUUGUAUGGACGGCACUCACGAUGGAUGUGGCAGAGGAUAUCGAGAGACGUUGCGAGCGUUGGAGGCAGAGGCAUAUGUCUGAGGAGGAGAGGGAGCUUGCGGGCAGCCUUGGGGCACGUCUCGCUGCAGAACGUGCGCAUCUAUCGCAAUUACUUGCCAAGCUCCCCACUAUACCGUCUGGGUCUCACGCUCGUGAGACACUCGAUGAUCAAAUUAGUGCGGUAGAGGAGAAAAUCAGUCUGAUGACAGAAAUGUUGCGACCCCUGAGACAUGGUGCCGCGUCGAAGAUAGAUGGCUUGACGGCUGGCGAGAGUGGCCUCUGGACACCUCGAGCGUACGGCAUUCUUGGCAGAGAUGUUACGAGAGUGGGCUUCUGGAAGGAUUGGCUUCGGGCUGUCAUUGUGCCAAUGUCAGAUGGCGGACUUCUUCGCAUACCUCCAAGCUCUCCGCGAGUUGGCCGUUGGCAACCACUAGAACGAUACGUGGUUAAUCUAUGCACCGAAGCAUUCAGCCCUCUCGGCUCCAAGACCCAGGUUGAGAUCGGUGUACGCGAGCUACGCCUGUAUGCGCGGAAGGAGGCCAUCAACGAGCUUCCGGGAUCUCGCAAUACUGAUCUUUAUGCCCUAUUCAGGUCUCUCUCCCUCGAGAAUAUUGUCGCUCUUUUCGGAGUAUGCCAUGUCAGAAUCUCGGAUUAUCUUGCUCUCUUCGCAUACCGCGAUGCUACACUUAGCCUCCCACGCUCUGGUCAGCUUAUUAUAUCCGCUAGCCUGGGCGAAUACGACAAUAUCGUGCUUCCAGAUGACGAUUACGUCUUGGUUGAUCUCGACAAGGACACAAUUGACGCAACGGCGUUGCCAAUCCGCCUCCCAAAACAACAUCGUCGGAAGCUUCUUUCACUCUUGCAAUUUGCGGCGCCGCAUAGCUUACGUUACGGCGUCAUGACAGGGCCGCCUCCCUAUGCAAUUGAGUCUUUCCCCUAUGACUCCUUCUCCGUCGAGAAUAGUGCUCUUGUCAACGAGAAAGCCUCAGCAAGUAUGCUGUACAAAUGGGUCGCACAGAAUUCGUCUUCCUUUGGGGAAGCCGAGCCCGCAGAUACCGUCAAGCCACCUGUGUUUAAUGCGUUCUUGCAUGCAAAGCCUGGGGCUGAUCGGCCUACCACUAGCAAAUCAAACAAGACGAGUCCUCCGUCAUCAGUGUCACCAGUCUCUGUGAAUUUCCCGCCUAUGCCUGCCACACCAGUUUCUAGAAGCGACUCGGGAUACGCACUAUCGUCCACGCUGAGAGAAAAAAGAUCGGGUCAUUUCGAGAAGGAAGGUCGGCGUAGUUCGUCAUUUGGCCACGCCCCUGUCCACCGACCUCACGCACCAUUCUUUAACGGUCAUCAGUCAAACCUAUCCAUCUCAGCCAUUUCGAUCGAUUCGCAGUCAUCUUAUGGUGGUUACGCUCCAUCAACCUACGCCCAGUCAACCCUAGCAGCAUCUACAGUGAUGCCUAACAUGCUCGUUCAGCCUGUGGAGAACACUGACUCUACAAUGUGGGUUGAGGGACAUUGCUUCAAUUAUAGCGGUAACGAUACAACCUCAACCUGUACGAUUUGCGAUGAGCGUUGUGAAGGUGACGGAUGGUAUAAGUGCUCUGGUUGUGGAGCAAUUUCGCACGGACGUUGUCUUGGAUGUGUUUGUCUCGUGUGUCCAGUUGCUUUCAACGCCGAUAAGGUCCGGGCUUCUUUCGUUCGUUGCCUUGCGAGUAUCCUUUAUACAUACCGCAAGUAUCUCGGUCGGCCAACAAAAGAACAAAAGAACAACGGCCAACUUUACGGAUUCGACAUGAAUGGUUUCAUCAAAAGCUUGCCACACGACCAGCAAGAGUACGUAACCAUGAUGAAGGAGACGCAAGCAUUUAACGAAUUCAUCCAUGAGCGUGAGACGAAGCCUGCUACCAACCCAGAGAUUCGGCUUUUUGAUGACAUAAUUCUCGCCAAGAAGGCUCGCGGCAAAACCAGCCUGUCUUCGGGAUUGUCGCGCCUCUCGACAAUAAGGGCCUCGCAUGGUGUCUCGGCAUCCCUACCCGGCCUGCAGAUACCAUCCAGACACAUGAAACCAACGUCUUUUCUAACAGACACAUCUGAUCACAUAUGGAGAACUGCCAGCGUUCCUGUACCAAGCUCGAAGUUUCAAGGCGAUUAUCAUUCAGUGACAACAAGAAUGCCGGCUCGGUUAGACCCUUCACUGAUGAAGGAACCUCGUGCUAUCCAAGGCGUACCGCAUCCUGAACAACGCAGAAGAGGCGUCAUGAGGAAGCAGGUCCCCAGUAUGCUGAUCCCUAACUCUCCCUAA